AGUUUUCUCGCCGGAAAGAUGAUGGGUUUGAUUUCUUGUUACAAUGAAUUAACAGUUCAAACUUCAUCAUGUUCAAGUUACAAGAAUGUUUCAUCGUGUGUUUCUCCGAAUUUAGUUCCAUCAAUACAGACCGCCGCCACCAAUCUAUACAAAACCACCCUCUCCACCGGCAACCACCACCUGAUCACCGUCACGUGGUGUCGGAACACGACCACCCAAGGCCUGCAGAUAAACUCCGGCGACGACCCGUCCACGGCUUUCCGUCUAAACACGAAUUCAAGAUUGUUUCGAAAGAAAAAGGGGAGCAAAGCGUUUGAAAUCAACAAUUCAAAGUUCGAAGUUUUCUAUGAUCUUUCGUCGGCGCACUACGCCGCCGGAGCCGAACCCAUUGAAGGGUACUACGUUCUGAUCAUGGUUGAUUCCGAGCUCGGGUUAUUCCUCGGAGACAUGGCGGAGGAAGCCGCCGUCAAGAAAGUCAAAACCUACAAACAGAUUGCGAAUUUCUCACUACUUUCCCGCCGGGAGCAUUUUUACGGCAACACCCUUUAUGCUACAAAGGCUCGUUUUUCCGACGCCGGAAGUUGCCAUGAUAUCUUGAUCCGGUGUACCGGAGAAGAUAAUGGUGAAAAGCACCCAUCUUUAUCUGUUUGUAUCGAUAAACGGGUCAUGAUUCGGGUCAAGAGGCUACAAUGGAAUUUCAGAGGGAACCAGACCAUAUUUGUUGAUGGAUUGUCAGUAGACCUAAUGUGGGAUGUUCAUGAUUGGUUCUUCAAUACCGGGUCUGGAUCUGGUUCCGGGUCGGGUCAUGCAGUAUUCAUGUUCAGACCAAGAAAUGGGUUGGAUAGUAGGUUAUGGUUGGAAGAGAAGGUGGCCAAGAAAGAUGAGAAAAAAGAGUUUUCUUUGUUAGUUUAUGCCACCAAGAGUUAAGUCCAUAAAUCCCUCUUCUAUCAUUAUUUUUUUGAAUAUUAUUCCCCUUUAUUUUGUAUUCUUUUUGGGACAUUAUAUAGUUUAUAUCAAAGUUGCAUAAAAGUAUCAGGUAUUAGACUUGUCAUUUGUAUAAAAAAACUGUUUAGUUUAAAUUCGAUUAAAGUUUG